UGCUGACCAGGGAACGUCAUUUAUCAUCUUUAAUUAAAAGAAAAGAAACCAGGGUGUUUUUCUGCUUAGCUUGACAAUUUAAUGAGAAAAUAUUCACUGAUUUUUAAUAUGAAAUCAUUAACGAUAGAAACAGGGGGAAAAAUGUUAGUUCGACAUUGGAUGGUGAUUUUAAUGAUAUUCUUAGCCCGAAGAGAAAGCCAAGUGAAAAGCGCCAUAGUUACAACAGUAGCAAGUAAUAACUUUAGCGUCGAUAGACCAUCGCCAACUUUUAGCGCACAGCUUAUAUGUAGCUUGUUCUCGGAUUUUACUCCUGAGCAAACCAAUUUCUGCAUGAAAUACCCACAAGAGACGGCGAUGAUUUCUUCCGGAAUCGAAAAUGGUCUACGGGAAUGUGAAGAACAGUUCAAGAACCAAAGAUGGAACUGUACAUUAACAUAUCCAGAUUCAGGCUUAGCAAGUUUUGGACAAAACAGAGCUAUUCAGGGAACAAAAGAGGCAGCGUUUGUGACCGCCAUUGUGGCCGCUGGAGUCACACAUGCUGUUUCAGUUGCUUGUGCAAGAAGAAAUAUCUCGACUUGUCAAUGUGUCCGAAAUCGAUCAAGCCUACGACGUUCUUGGUUAGACCAAGGAUGUCACAGUAACAUUGGACAUGGUAUGGACAUCUCGAAAACUUUUCUUAAUGGAUUUCGCGGCUCAUUUAAUAGAACACACGAACUACAAAUGCGCCUAAACAGAGAAACAGGACGUUUGGCAGUUCAGGAAAGUGCCAGUGAAAGGUGUAAGUGUUAUGGUAUUAGUGGAGCUUGUACUUCAAAAACAUGUUGGUUUGCAUUACCAUCGACAUUUAAAAGAGUUAGUCGAUUUCUCAAGGCAAAAUAUGACAGUGCAAUUCAUGUUGAAAUAGUCUGCACUGACACAAGAGAAGGAAAAGUGCCUACAGCCUUAAUUCUUCCGGGAACCAACUUUGCGAAGCCACCAAAAAAAGAACUGGUCUUUGUAGACAAAUCGCCAACUUAUUGUGAUCCACUUGUAGGUAAAGGAGUUGCUGGUACUAAAGGCAGAAUUUGCGAUCAUUUAUCGAACGCUUCAAAUGGUUGUAAAGAAUUAUGUUGUGGAAGAGGAUACAAUAAGAUUGUGAAUACAAAACACAAUGUAAAUGUCAAUUUUACUGGUGUUGUAAAGUAAAAUGUGAAACCUGUCGGAAAAAACGUGAAAUUACAGUUUGUAAAUAAAAGUAUUUGUAAAAAAAUGAUAAGUAAUUUAUCUAUUAAAUGUCUGAUAUAAUCAGAAUCAACUGCAUAAGCAGUGUAGCGGCAAAGAGCGAUUGAAGAUAAAUAGCAUUGAAAACAUUGCAGAUAUUAAUCGUAAAAUAAAAUAUAUUUUAUAUAAGCUUUUUAACAGACACAUAUGUGGUUAUUUAAUCUCCAGCAGAAGCAAAAUGUAAAACGAACGAUGAAUUUACUGUUCCAAAACAGCCAAGAUAUUAUAGGUAUUAAAAAAAUACUUAAAAUACCUGUA